GUAUUUAUAGCACUGCUAACCACGACAUCCAUAAAGACAGAUAAACAUACGGGGAGGGAAACCGUCCCUCAAACACCGGACCGCAGUCGCCUCGUGUACCAAUGUAUAAACUCUACUCCCCUCGUGUUAUUCAAACGGGAUAAAAAAAACCCUACAAAAAGCGAUCCUCGGAUUUGCUGUGCCAAAUAAAGAGAGUUGAAACAAACUUUUUGGAAAACAACAAUAUUCACAGGAUACCCAUAAACGGACAAAAUGCACGUGGAAGUUUCAGUGGCUCUUAACUUUGUUAUUUCUUAUUUGUACAACAAAUUACCCAGAAGGAGAGUCGAUAUGCUAGCGGAGGAAUUAGAAAGAGGAUUGAAGAAAAAGUUUCAGGGCCAUUGGUAUCCGGACAAACCCUUCAAAGGUUCGGGUUUUAGGUGUGUUCGAAUGAACGGAGAGAAUGUCGACCCUGUUUUUACCCACGCAGCGACCGAGUGUGGACUUUCCUUGGAGGAAGUCAAGUCUUAUCUCCCAGAGGAACUCACCAUCUGGAUCGACCCUGCAGAGGUCUCCUACCGCAUCGGAGAGAAAGGUCAAAUCAAGAUUUUGUACAGUGAUAGAAAAGAUGACAGCACUGAAACAGCUGACCGUGAGGUCCAGGCGGCGGGGCGCACGUUUAACCCGGAUGCGCAGUGUUUUAAACCGAUUGACAAUUUGUCGGCCUCUCUGAACAACUUGUGUUUAUCUCCUGUCAUGUUGUCUCCGUCAUCGCCUACGUCAUCAAAAGGGUGGUCUGCUAGCGCGUCUACGUCGCCGUCUAGCUCCCUGUUUAACUCCACAUUAUCCAGACCCGCGCAGCCGGCGACCCUCGUCUCAAAGGACAACGUCGUGCCCCAGUUUACAGCAGCCUCGUUUGCCCAGACAAAGUUUGGAUCCACGAAACUGAAAACAAACGCUAAAAGACCCACGCGCUUGUCCCCGACAGAGCUGGGCAACUACUUCCGUCAGCGGACAGCAGUACUCCACCCUCAAAGUGGAUUUCCUCCCCAGCGACCACGGUCCCUGUCCCCAAGGGACCCACGACUGGAGUUCUACAUGGAUCAGAAAAACCGCGUGUUCCUAUCCCAGCAACAACUCCACCACCAGCAGUUGCAACAGAUGCAACAGCAGCAUCUGCUCCAGUCGCCGCAGCACGGCGGCAGCCCGUCCUCACCUCUCAGUGACAGCGGCCUCAUCAGAUCCCCAAUGACAAGUCAUGGCUUGGUUCCUGGACACUCCUACGACUACAAUAUGCCCGCUUCUCCGCCGCUGGGGUCUCCCGCCAAUUCAACGGCCGUGUCACCGGAGUCGGAUAAGUCGUUCAUGGAUGGGAUUAAUUUAAAUAACAUUUCAUAUACAGCGCAGUUUCCACACAUGCUGUUGGCUAAUUAGAUAGGUCCUAGAGGUCUUAGCGCCGGACGACGACACGUUGCGUGUUUAAACAUAGACGAUUGACUUUUCCUCGGAUCAUGAGAUAUUUCUGGUGUUCAUCCUGUGAACAUGAACCCGACUCCAUGUUCACGGUCGUAGCUGGGUUUGGUUCAUGUUGCCAUCAGUGACUGUGUCACCUAGUUUUUUUAUUUACAUAUGACUAUUUUGGAGGGCAUCAAUUAUCGUACUACAGUCCCAUAGUAGAGUGAUUUAUUCUACAAAUGAGAGAUAGUGGAGAUUUAUUGUUCAGUAGAUAUUCCACACAUAUAUCAUGUUAUAUAGCUAAGCUGUUAAAUUAUUUUUAUAUUAGUUAUAAUUUUUCCAAGAGGAUGUUCGUACAAAAGAUUAUAUAUAUUCGUACACUUUUUAUUACGGUCUAUAUGUAUAUAUACAGAUUGGGUUAGGUUUUCUAUGGAAUGUCAGCAUCAUUUUGAUAGAGCCUAUUUAUAUACACACCAUGUUCAUUGUCAUGUACUGGGGGUCUGGGUUGACAGACAACUACCCGCUGGUCUCAUUACUACUGCUGUCAACUUCUAUGGAGGCUGCUCAAUGGUCAAAUACGAACACUAAAUUCAGAAAAUCACGUUUGAAAUAGUUUCUUAUAACACAUUACCUUCCGUCUAAGUACAACAAACAUUAAAACACCACGGAGCAGCCUGUCUUCACCAUAGCACCGAACCACUGCUAAUUUUUCACGUUUUUUACUUCGAUAAGAGCAAUAGCAGCCGCGGCUGGGCGGGGUGUGUGGGGGUGUGUGGGGGUCGUGUGUCGAUUUCCGUCCCUGGGGAGACAGUGGGAUUCCGCGCCAAAACAACGCCUGUUCUCCGAGCUAGGUGUGACUGGUCAAACGUUGUGCAAUAAUCGUUCAUUUCCAUGGCCUUCUAUGUUUGAGAAUUGUAUUGUUUAUAUUGCUACAUAUUUUUAAGUUUCUAAUAAAACUGGUAUUUUUAGA